AUGCAGGUUGCUGUGGUGUCCAUGCUUGUCUUCUUGUCGGUAACCCGAAAUUCUGAAGCUUACAGCAUCCACCUCAACCUCUCGGAAGAAUCCAGCAGCGACCUGUCCGUGACCCGGAACCUCCCAGUCGCCAUCCUCCCUUUGGCUCUGGGCCUCAUCGGACCCCUAGUGGCAGUAUUCUUCGGCAGCCUAAAACCCGUACUCCUGGCCCUUGGCCUCGUGUACCUCCUCUUAUUUGGCCUCACUUUCAUACCCACGCUGGGCGCCAUCGUGCAGACUGGCUUCCGCGCCUUCGGCGACACCCUGACGGCCGCCAUACCUCCGACCAUCGGUGAAGACCUACUCAAAGUCACCGGACUCGAUGCCGAAGAGUGCCGUACCAGGGCAGUCUGCGAGAUCACCGAAGACGCUGUCCAGCGCUAUCCCACCGUUGCGGCCAUGUUGAGGUCGCUGAGUGGGGCUGUCAGGGCUCAAGAUGGCUCCAAGUUCGUGCUCAAGGGACUGUUGGGUGGCCUCUCUGGCCUUGGGUGCGAGUCGCUCUACGCCACCUGCAAGCAGUCUCCGUUUGAGAGGGUUCUCAAGGCUCUGUACGAUCCAGCUGUUUGA